AUGUUCUGGCUAAGCCACAUAAUCAGUGUUCCCAACCAACUAACACCCUUGCACUACCAAAACUACCAUGUUUCCGCCAUCUUUAUUAAGAACGCAUGGCCACCCGCCUCCUGGCGUUGGUCAACAGCCAGCAAGGCGUUAAAGGCAUCAGCUACACCACCCACCAGUAACGAUAGAGCUCCCCAUCCCCUCCGGCAUCAACUGUUACCAGUCAAGAUGGGGCGGCGAGACGGCGGCGACGGGUCGCUUUAUACUGGUCUUAGGAGCUUGGCUCACUUGUCUAAUGGCUUUGAUUAA